AUGUCUGAUCGAUUGACGCAGUUGCAGAUCUGCCUAGAUCAACUUGUUGCUCAAUUCAAUGCUACCAUCAAUUAUGUCAAUACACAGGGUGAACUAGCGCCUCUAGAUGAGGACAAGACCUCGGUAAUCAACAUGGCAGCAAACGCUCCUCUACCGGGAACAAAAAAAGAAAACGCUGAGCAACAGAGUCAAGGGGGAAACUCAGAGGCCAGUGGCGCAUCUUCCAGACCAAAGCCUUCUUUUGAUAGUGUAAUCAACGAGUUGUCUACUGACAUCAUCCUCAAGUCACGUCAAAUAAGUAUGAUCAUCGACUCUCUACCGGGUAUUGGUACACUUCCAGAGACUCAACUCAAGAUGAUUGGAGAUCUCAUUGAGGAGUUAGAUGAAGUGGAGAAACAGCGUGAAGCCAAAAUUAAAGAAAAGGACGAAUUACUCAAGUGGUGUGAAGACCUCAUAGUCGACGUCUCGCACGGUAUAUUUAAGACCCGAACCUAA